UGGAUCUCAGACCAGUUCUUGGCGUGGAGUGCAAAGGUAUAAGAUACACCGUGAUCCGUUCAGCCUCCUAGCGCUCCUGACGCCAAGGUUCUCCAUACCCGCACUGGGACUCAAUCACGCGCACCAGCCACCACUUCCAAGGGGUCUCUGCUCAAAGUCCAGCAUGGCAGCGACGCUGAUCCUGGAGCCCGCCAGCCACUGCUGCUGGGACCAGCCGGUACACAUCACCGUGCGUGGCCUGGCCCCCAAGCAGAGGGUCACGCUGCGCGCUUCCCUGCGCGACGAGAAGGGCGCGCUCUUCCGCGCCCACGCGCGCUACCUCGCGGACGCAGGGGGCGAGCUGGACCUGGAGCGCGCGCCCGCGCUGGGCGGCAGCUUCGCGGGCCUGGAGCCCAUGGGGCUGAUCUGGGCCAUGGAGCCUGAUAAGCCGUUUUGGCGCAUGGUGAAGCGGGACGUGCAGACGCCCUUCGUGGUGGAGCUGGAGGUGCUGGACGGCCACGAGCCUGACGCUGGGCGGCUGCUGGCCCGGGCGCUGCACGAGCGCCACUUCCUGCCGCCCGGGGUCCAGCGGGUGCCGGUGCGGGAGGGCAGGGUGCGGGCCACGCUCUUCCUGCCGCCAGGACCUGGACUCUUCCCCGGGGUCAUUGAUAUCUACGGAGUUGGAGGAGGCCUGUUGGAAUAUCGGGCCAGCCUUCUGGCUGGCCAUGGCUUUGCCACAUUGGCUGUAGCUUUUUAUAACUUUGAUGAUCUCCCCAAGGAUUUCAGCAACAUACACCUGGACUACUUUGAAGAAGUUGUGUGCUACAUGCUUCAACACCCCCAGGUAAAGGGCCCAGGUGUUGGGCUUCUGGGCAUUUCUCUAGGAGCUGACAUUUGUCUCUCAAUGGCCUCAUUCUUGAAGAAUAUCUCAGCCACUGUAUCCAUCAAUGGAUCUGGGAGCAGCGGAAACUCAACUAUACACUACAAGCAGAUUAGCAUCCCACCACUGGGCAUUGACCUGAAUCGAAUCAAGGUUACUUUCUCAGGCAUUCUGGACAUUGUGGAUAUUCGGAAUGAUAUUGUGGAGAAGUUUGAGAACCCCAGUAUGAUUCCAAUAGAGAAGGCACAAGGGCCCAUCCUCUUCAUUGCUGGUCAGGAUGACCAUAACUGGAGGAGUGACUUAAAUGUGCAAAUAGUCUCUGAAAGACUACAGGCCCAUGGAAAGGAAAAACCCAGGAUCAUCCUUUAUCCUGGGACUGGGCACUACAUUGAGCCUCCUUACUUCUCCAUGUGCCCAGCUUCUGUGCACAAAAUGUUCAACAAAGUUGUGAUCUGGGGUGGGGAGCUCAGGGCUCAUUCUAAGGCCCAGGUGGAUGCCUGGAAGCAAAUUCUGUCCUUCUUCUCCCAACACCUUGGAGGCACCCACAAGGUGUCCCCCAAGUUGUAAAUGCAAAUCCAAAUUGUUAUGGACAGGGGAAGAGUUGAGAUCACAUUUUAGUGUCUAGUGACUAUGUAAGUUCCCCUGGGUAGCAUUAAAUGGCUAUUUGGCAUUUAUGGUAUAUUUCAUGUCAUUUUAUUGAAUUUGCUUUAUUUGUCAACAUAGUACUUUGCUAUUGUGACACAUGCAUGUGGUAGAAGAUUCAGACAUAAGCUGCACAAAUGCCCCCUUUGUUAAAAUUUGGGGGGUUUUCUAGGGGUUUUUUUCAUUUUUUAAUUCUAUCAAUUGUUUAAUUCUUUUGUUAACGCUUUGUAUUAGAUGACUUUUAAAGAUGGGAGAAUUUUUUCAUCACUGUGAGAGAAUGGUCAUCCAAUAUUCCAAUCAUUGGAAGCAGAGUAGAAUCUUUAUUGACCCAUAGCAUACAGAAAGGUGUUGAUAUAAGGAAAUUCACGGGGGGAGGGUCCUUUGAGGGGAGGAAUUGGGAACAUCUUUCUGUAGAGUAAUUAAGUAUAAACUCUGCACCAUGGUGAUUAGACUCUGAUCUCUCUUCCAUCUCAUUUACAGAUUCUAGGGUUGAUGUGGGAAAAUUAUAGUGGAAUCAUUUCCUCACUUCCUUUUACUUCAGCAUUGCAAAAUAUUGUGCAAGUAUAUUUGAAAAGACAAUGGCUUUAGAGGAAUCAUUUCCUCACUUCCUUUUACUUCAGCAUUGCAAAAAUAUUGUGCAAGUAUAUUUGAAAAGACAAUGGCUGGUGAGGAUAGAACCUAGCACAUAAUCUGUUCCCAGAAGUCAGAAUUAAUUAUUCAGAAGCAAACAGAUAAUCUUAGAGGACUUUUAACACAAAAACUGAAAAUCACAGGUAACACUAUUUUUGUAUGUGUUUUCAACUCUUCUAUUAAAUUACUUACUAGAGAGGAAGCAAGUGAAGCUAUUUGCCUAUUUGUUAACAUUUUGUUUCUUGUUCACUAGAAACUAUAAAAUAAAGAGGAAAAUAAAAAUCUAAAGACCUGAAAAAUCAAGAAACAAGUAGGUCUGUCUUUGAACAAUGGACUCAAUUUUCUAUAGAAAAAUGUACAGGAAUUUUUUUUCUUUUGGGUACUGGGAAUUGAACUGAGGGGUGCUCUACCCCUGAGCAAUAUCCUCAGUGCUUUUUAUUUUUUAUUUUGAGAAAGGGUCUCACUACAUUGUUGAGGAGCUCUUGCUAAAGGUUGCCGAGGCUGGCCUUGAAUUGCCCAUCCUCAGCCUACCAAGUCACUGGGAUUUAUAUUUUUAA